GAGCCGGGCUCUUCCGCUUCCCUCCGCGCGCUCAGGGAGGUUUCCAAGGCCGAGGGAAGGAAGCCGGGGCCGCAGCGCUCUCGGCCGCCGGAGAGGAGCCUGACGGAGGACGCCCACGAGGCUCAGGUUGGCAAACCAUACCAAGAGCAUCAAGAUGUCCCUUCAGGCAACAAAGGGAUCGUCAGCCCGUAAAUCGAAGCAAAUGCCUGUAAAGACAUCUUUGAGCAACCCAUAUACUCUGCAGUGGAGCCCUGUGGAUGGAGCAGACAUGCACUACAUAUUGGGGGCCUUAGGAGAUGUUAUGAAACAGAUUGGGUUAGAAAAGGUAGAGACUCGGAGAAGGAAGAAACCCUCUUCUGGAAAGAAGCAGGAGAAAAAAGAAUGCCAUGGCCAGACCAGCAGACUUCAAGACGAGAAUUGCCCUGGAGAUGCUAAAGCACAUGGGUGGACUGACUUGCAAAUCAGGAACCAACUCGCUAUCGGGAUUAACGAAGUAACCAGAGCGCUGGAAAAAAACGAGCUGCUUCUGGUGCUUGUGUGCAAGUCUGCCAAACCUGCUAUGCUAACGUCUCACCUUAUUCUGCUCUGCGCAAGCCGGGCCACUCCAGCCGGCCAGGUUCCCCGUCUCAGUGAAAGCCUCGCACCGGUCCUCGGGUUAACGUCCGUCCUAGCCCUGGGAUUUAAAAAGGACACUGACACUUUUGCAGAGGUAGCCAAAACGAUUAUCCCGCGAAUACCACAUUUGGAUGUGCCCUGGAUUCAGCACGGAACAGAACGUUUGCUGGCCACUGAAGAUGCUCAUCCGGCGAACUUGCAGGCGGUUGAGUGCGCAGAGUCGGACCCGGAAGAGCGCUCUCCCAACCACAAGCGGAAAAGAGCAGGUGGUAGCAGGCUUGUCUCUCCUGGUUGUACAGCCCUGCAAGCACUCAAGGUUAAAAAAAUAGUACCCAACCCAAACAAGCGAAGGAAGCUUCCCAAAACUAAAAAGCGUAUUUCAAAGUAAUCAAUCAUAUUGGCUUGUUCCCACAUUUCUUAUUUGCCUUUGUGUGUGUUUAAGAAGUCAGUAAAAGCUAUGUAAUAUAAAGGAGGCUUGCAGUUAAGAAUCUAUACCAACAUUACAAAAUUCAUAUUUGUGGCAAGAUAUUCAUGCUUGGUACUUGGACACAUGUCUUUUCAGAAAAUCGAAAAGUGCUUGGAACAAAGCCUUUUUCUGGAUUAAACGUAAUUCAAAACAAAAUAGUAUGAAAGUGAUAACGUUUAUUCAAACAUCCAUCUGUGCUGAUAGAUCCAAUAGCUAGUAAUCUCUUUAAGAUGCCGGAAUCACAAAACAUCUGCAAAUUUGAUAGCACAAUGUUAUCCUUUGGACACUUGCAUUUGGUCAAAUAAUGCAUGCAGAACUGACCCCCAGGUGCAUUUGGCCUUUAAUAGAGGAGUAUUUUCUUUAGCAUGUCAAUCAGCCCAAAUGUCUGCAAGAAGAAAAGCAUUUCAGAUUUGGAUUUUGGGAUGCAGGUCACAACUGUUCUUGGGGACCCCACAAUGCAGAUUUCCUAAACAGAGGUCACAGCCUUACCACGUUCAGUUUAACAGCAUGCUAUUGAAUCUAAAAACUAAAAAUGCCCCUAAACAGCUAAAACGGUAGUGCAACUUAAAAUGGCUGCUCAGAGGAAACGUGUUUCAAUCAGCUGCUAUUAAUAUUAAUACUGAAAACAGGCAAGUUGUAGGGACAGUAAGGAUGCAGCAGCAAGAACUGGAUAUAGGAUGUGUAGUUAAAUUAUUACCUAUUUAGUCAGGUGCAAAACUCUGUGCUUGCAGUAGUUUGUGCUUAAAGGGUUAUGGAAAGGCAAAAUCACCACAUGUCUACACCAACUGUGCUUUGCUUUCUUCUCUUUCCGGCACAAAUAUUUAAUUUGUUGUAAUUUUAUUACAACAGGUGAUUACAACAGGGACCCAGGUGGCGCUGUGGUUAAACCACUGAGACUAGGGCUUGCUGAUCAGAAGGUCGGCGGUUCGAAUCCCUGUGACGGGGUGAGCUCCCGUUGCUUGGUCCCAGCUCCUGCCAACCUAGCAGUUCGAAAGCACGUCAAAAUGCAAGUAGAUAAAUAGGAACCGCUACAGCGGGAAGGUAAACGGCGUUUCCAUGUGCUGCUUUGGUUUGCCAGAAGCGGCUUUGUCAUGCUGGCCACAUGACCUGGAAGCUAUACGCCGGCUCCCUUGGCCAAUAAUGCGAGAUGAGCGCGCAACCCCAGAGUCGGUCACGACUGGACCUAAUGGUCAGGGGUCCCUUUACCUUUACCUAAUUUUAUUACAUUUCUAUUCUGCCUUUCCUCUGCCACGGAAACCUAGCUGGUUCCCUGGUGGUUACCCAUCCAAGCACCGACUAGACCUGCUUGGCUCCAGCAAUUUAUUGGAUAAUAAUUGGGAAGAUUGUUCUCAGUUGUCUAGUGAAGGAGAAAAAUGAAGGGUUAUAAUUAAUCUUAUGAAGUCUUGCGUAGUUCUGAGGCUUUCCUCACUCCUACUUCCACACUAAUUUCAGAUAUUCGGUGUUAUUUUAAUGUUCUCUCUCUCUCUCUCUUACUCACACACACUUGUUUAACCAGUCAUGUAAACUUAUCCAGAUCACUACUGAACAUCUUCACCUUUGAUUGAAUCACGAUGCAUUAAAUUGAAAGCUUAGAGAAGCGUGGACUCAUUUACAAGAGCCGUUCAACCUAUACCAACUCACUGGGAAAUCGAUCUGGGGUGAGUCUAGCUUGGGAAAUACCUUCGUUUCAAGCAAGCAAUGUCUAUGCAUGGCCUUUGCUU